AUGGCCACCGACGGACUCAAUCUCUCCCUCAAGGCUGGUGCGCUGUCAUAUGGUUUGAUCGCACAAGCAGCGUUUGCAAAUAUCGAGACAUCGUUUUCCACCUCUGGAGAGCACGAGAUCUCCCUCCGCCACAAUGGCAAACUCUUUACAGAUUGGGACGAGAUCGCAUCCGUCCUCGCCGACUGCUCAAAGCCCGCUCAAGGAUCUUCCAAAGGUCUAGAGUUUCUAAAAUCCUCCACUCGACUGCGCGAGAACCUCGCUUUCAAUGAAUUAACUGGCGUCAUGGACGAAUUGGAUGAUUAUCUCGCAUUCCGCACCUUUUUUGUCGGCCGCGAAUUGUCUUCGGUCGAUCUAGCUAUAUGGGGUGCAUGUAAGAGUAGUGGACAAGUACUUGGGGUCCUCAAACGAGGCCAACACCCCCAUCUCUCGCGCUUCUACAACUACCUCGAGAAACUGCCCAUCCCUCAACAAGUCGUCGCCUCUGUCAACGCUGCGAAAAAGGGCAACACGAACAAGCAAGGCUCGACGACGGAUGACUCCAACAUGGGCUUCAUCUUUGACCUCCCGAAUGCAAAGAUGGGCGAGGUAGUCACUCGCUUUCCUCCCGAACCAAGUGGCUAUUUGCAUAUUGGACAUGCAAAAGCCGCCAUGCUCAACCAAUACUUUGCCAAAGGGUACAAAGGCAAGCUCCUCAUCCGCUUCGACGAUACCAAUCCCGCAAACGAAAAGGAAGAGUUUGAGAAAACAAUUACCGAGGAUCUAGAGAUGAUGGAGAUUGUCGGCGAUAAUCUGUCGCAUAGCUCUGAUUAUUUCGACCUCUUGGCCGACUAUGCCGUCAAGAUUAUCAAAGAGGGCAAUGCGUAUGCGGAUGAUACGGAUGGUGCGCGAAUGAAACAAGAGCGUAUGGACGGCAUCCCGUCCAAGAACCGAGACAAGUCGCCCGAGGAGAGUUUGGCCAUCUUUGAAGAGAUGCGCAAGGGCACCGAGGAAGGUCAACGAUGGUGCAUACGUGCAAAAAUUAGCGUCGAUGACCCCAACAAGGCGAUGCGAGACCCGGUCAUCUACCGCUGCAACGUUGCCAACGUACAUCAUCGCACGGGAGACAAGUGGAAGAUUUACCCCACCUAUGAUUUCUGCUGUCCCAUCCUCGAUUCAAUCGAAGGUGUCACGCAUGCGCUCCGUGCGAAUGAGUACAGAGAUCGAAACGUUCAAUAUGCCUGGUUCCAAACGGCUCUCGGUCUGCGUCCAUGCACCAUCUGGGACUUUAGCAGGCUCAAUUUCAACUAUACGCUCCUCUCGAAACGCAAGUUGAAAAAGUUUGUCGAGGAAGGGAUGGUCUGGGGAUGGGAUGACCCGCGGUUCCCGACCAUUCGUGGCUUGCGACGGAGGGGGAUGACAGCAGAAGCGUUGAGGGCGUUUAUCCUCGGUCUUGGGGCUUCUCAGUCCAUUCUCCAACUCGAGUGGGACGCGUUGUGGGCAACGAACAAAAAAGUCAUUGAUCCCGUUGCUCCAAGGUACUAUGCUAUCGAGAAACAAGACAGUGUCAAGGUGACCAUUCGAGGUGGACCCGCUAAAGCAGAAACGAAAGAAAUGCCCCGGCACAAGAAGAACCCGGCCGUCGGAACCAAGCAAACGGUGUACGCGUCGGAUAUUUUACUCGAACAACAGGACGCCAAGUCGCUUUCCGAGGGGGAAGAGAUUACAUUGAUGGAUUGGGGAAAUGCCAUUGUGCGCUCUAUCCAGAAAUCACCGGCGGGAGUCGUGGAGAGCAUCGAGAUGGAUCUUCACUUGCAGGGGGAUUUCAAGAAGACGGAGAAGAAGAUUACCUGGCUCGCCUGCUCGUCUGACGCGCCACCGCUGCUGAAUGCAGAGCUGGUGGACUUUGACUAUCUUCUGACGAAGAAGAAGAUUGAGGAAGACGACGACUGGCAGAGCUUUGUGACACCGACGACCGAGUUUCGGAAAGCGGCGUUUGUCGACUCAAACUGCAAAGUGCUCGAAAAGGGGACGAUAAUUCAAUUCGAGCGCAAGGGGUACUACAUACUCGACGCCAUUGAAGAUGCCGGACUCGUGUUCUUCCUCGUUCCAGACGGCAAGAUGGCGACGGUCGCGAGUAAAGCGGACAAGUCAGCGACGACAUCAUCGGCCAUUGGGCAGGGAUCAGGAGCGAAUACGGUGAACACGGGUGCUGGUGUGCCUGAGUCUAGUACCCGUCCGGUGGGACCGAUGUAUUCGGUCAAGCCGCUGCUCUCUUCUGACCCUCUUGAUGUCGGUGGUGUGAAUAUGUACAAUGUGAAACCCGUGUACUGA